AUGUCUUCAGCUUCACAGAGAGCACUCACUGCUCUCUGCGAUAGCAUGGCGAGUGUUUCUAUCUCCGCCACCGGGGAAAAUCAGCUCGCCCAAUCCCCAUCGUCCACUGCCCUGGCUACAAAUCUAUCAUCUCUCUCGCCCUCAACAGAUGGUAUGGAUCCAUUCAGACGGUUGCCAUGGUUCGCGAUAGAAGAGAUUCUCUUGCGAUUGAAGGACUUGCCUACCCUCCAUCGCUUGUAUCAAGCCUCACCGGCGGUGGCUGAUUACCUGAAUCACACACCUGGGUUCUUUCCCAAGCUCGUGGAAACAUUGAUGAUUCUCAAGCAAUAUGGCCGUGACAUGGGCCCCCAUACCGAUACCAAAGUCUUCUUCCGGACAUUGGUCUAUCUUUGGUGGAAAGAACAGUCUAUGGCUACAGGCGAACUCAUUUCUUCCGCCGACAAUCCAUUGCCAGCCACUUUCCAAGAUCAUCUCAUUUACCAUGUGAACACCUCUACUCUGUACGGCUGGUGUGAGCGAUACUGGAUCGGAGAAAUUUCCCUCCCACCCUCAACUCCCCCGCAAGCUCUCCGUCGCCUGCUGAGUCUCACAAGUCGGAUCCGAAGAGACUCGCAUGCCUUUUUUCAUGGCUGUUUGCACCUGUGUGUCAACUCCAACCUGAAGCGCCUUGCGUACCACAAGAGUCGGUGGCCCGAAAACGGGACUCGGCCUCGCGGAACGCCUAUCGACAACUCCUGGGCAGGCACACAUGAGCUGUCUUGGCUGGAAGAACAGCGAUUGUUUCACGCCUUUCUCAAAGUAUACAUCUUCUCGGAGCUACGACGACUUGUAUUCAAGGAAGGAGUUCUGAAAUUUGACCCGAAUCGCAUUAUCUCGGGGGAAUGGUUGCCGCAUACCUCGACGCACCUGAAAGAAGGGAAUUUGAUCGAAUUCUGGAUUGAUUUUACUGGGCAGACGGGAGAUCCGGAGAACAUGGAGCAGCUCAAGUCGGUGGUGUCUUGGCUAAAGGAGGGACGGCCAAUGCACGGCAAACCACUCGAGGGACGAUGGCAAUUCGAGAAAUGUUGCCCAGAUCUUUGCAUAUUUGAACAAAGUCGAUACGAGCGCGUUACGGGAGCGGAUCCUCUUUACGGGGGCCUGAACACUGGAUGCUUUUGGGCACAAAAUUGCGAGUUUGUGCCUCAGUCUGGAGUCAAGGAAGCCGCAUUGGAAGGAAAAUUCCGGAAAUUUGGUUUUGCAUUUUGGCACGAUGACAGAAUGAUCGGCUUGGGGAUCCUGCUGCCGCGUUUUCUGAACGAGACCGUCUGCACAGACAUUGCUUACAGGUGGACAUCCCUGUUGCAGCCAAAGGAUGAAGUGCCCAGGAACAGGAAGCCACAACAUCAAAGGUGGACGCUCACGCACCGUUCCCGACAAACCAAUUCCAAUUCGCGCCGCUAG